AUGGAAGAAGGGAAUCCCUUUGCUAAGGGAGUUGGAGAAGGUGUUUAUAGACUGACAGCAUAUUUCUAUUCUGUUCUAUUUUACUGCAAAUUAACUAAAUCAUCUUUUCCACAGCUGUAUGCCCCUCGGACUGUAGUUAACCUACAGCGAAAGAAUCCCACUAAGUCACUGCUCAGAGUGUCACCUCAAUUGGCUCAGCAGCUGCAUUUCCUCAGUUCUAUCUUCACCUUCACGACGUUUCCCUUGGUCAAAAAUUCACUAAGUCGUCUCCAUGUUCCAAGCAUUUGGCAAACAAUGGCAAGGCAGAGCCACCAGAAACGUAUAUCUGAUUUUCAUGAUAAAGACGGUAAUGCUGUAUUAGCUAGUGGAGACACUGUCUGUAUUGCUGUAUGGACAUAUGUAGCAACACAAAUCACAGUAAAAGGGAACCUGUCCGCUGUUGGCAGAGUCACCCUAAAGAAACGGAGAGAUCAGUAA